AUGGCGAUGUUUGUGUCGGACGACGCGGCCUUGUCCUCGGAGGCUUCCUUUCACGCCGCCUCCUCCAGCGCCAGCACUACAUCGUUUUCCGACGACAACGACGUCCAAGAUGCGCUGGAGCGCAACGCAGCUCUCAAGAGCCUCUCUGGUGGACACGCUGUUGAAGCGGUCGAGGUCACCAAGCUGCGAUUACAGCGGGAGCAGCGACUGCGACGGCUGAUCUCGCAGCGUCAUCUCGGCCAGCUCGAGCCGAUUCCCCGCAGCGCUUUCUUUUGCACCCGCGCUGCGCUGUCCGAGGAUGACACCGUUUGGCUGUACACGCUGACGAACGGUGCGUGUUUUCAGCGGCUACUGCGUGACGUGCAGUCCACCUCGAUAUCAGGGCUGGCGGGCCGCCUUGACACGGUCCUCUCGAAUGCAAACCCACUCUUUUAUUUCAGCUAUCGAAUGCCCGUGAAGGCCGUCGAUAGCGCUGGUGAUGCUGCCGCUACUUCCCUGCUCGAGGCCCCGGCAAUGCGGCGCUGGCUGGAGGACACGCCACCCAUCCUGCGCAAGCGGCCGGCGCCAGCGCAUGACGAUGCGGGAGAAUCGCGGCGCGGCGCCGAUGGCGAACCGGCCACUGGUGCCUUGCAGAAGCGUUCAAAGACAUCCUCCGACAGUCCCUCCGCGUCUUUGGGGCUCGUGGCCCAGUCGAUGAAGGCGUGGGAGGCGCAUCUGACAGAGAUUCUCACCGAGGAAGGUGAGACGAUUGAGAACUUCCGGCAGAGUCGCACCAAGUCCAGUUAUACGGACAAGAAGAAUUUUCAAGAGAAGGCGGCCUGGCAGGAGUACGCGCGCGAGGUACGCAUUCAUGCGCAACAGCUAGACCGCGAUAUCAAACGCUCGCUGCGCCGCGGCGAGAUAACCGAGUCAUAA